AUGCCCUUCCUCCGCCCAGCACAGUCACAAGCAACCUUCCGUGCCCUGGGCCUCGGCCUCGGCAGGCGGACCCUGAGCACUUCCCGACCUAUGGCUCUGCGGGCGACUUCUGCUAAGCGGGAUGCUAUGGUGUCUGCAGAAGAGACUGGAGGCUUCAAGUACAUUCCUGGAGGACCCAUCCUCAAGGGUACCGUGAACGAUGCCACCACUUUCCCCUCUCCCUCCAAGUCUCACGGCUCCUACCACUGGGCCUUUGAGCGCAUCCUCUCUGCCGCCUUGAUCCCUGUCACCGUCGGUGCCGCCGUCUCCUCCGGCUCUGCCUACCCUAUAAUGGACGGUAUCCUCGCCAUCUCCCUCAUCAUCCACACCCAUAUCGGUUUCGACGCGUGUGUCGUCGACUAUGUCCACCCCCGAAAGUUCCCCAUUCUUGGUCCUAUUGCGGCGUGGGUUUUGAGAGCGGCGACCGGUCUGACAGUUUGGGGCGUGUACGAGUUCAACACGAACGAUGUCGGUUUGACAGAACUCCUCAGAAGGGUGUGGCACGCUUAG